AAUUCUGGCAAACCUAAUUAUGGCAUUUCUGCAGAAUUAUGGCACUUUGGUGGAGUUUUGGCUUUUGGCUUUUUAAAACCAAGUGUCAAAAUUAUUUUGGAUUUGGCAAAUGCCAUAAUAUUUUGGAUUCAGCUAACAUCUAUGAUCUUGACACCAUCUGGUGAAAGAAGAAAAAAUCACAUGUGCGUUAUUUUACAUAACAUCAAUAACUUUGCCAAGAAAAAUUCUCAAGAUGUGUCACCGCCAUAUUUUCUGGACAUAGUAAUAGUGAAAUAUUGA